AUCACCCGUCACCGCAAACACUCUCUUGUUCUUCAUACUUCCACCGUGCUUGUACCAGUUUCUUGUAAGGUAUGCCAAAGAGCAGAGAGCAGGCAACUAUUUUACCGUUGUUCUCCAUGCAACUUUUAUCUUCACACUGAAUGUGUUUCACCAUCUCCGAUUACUGAUAGUGCAAGUCAUGAACAUCCAUUCACCUGUUUGUUAAGGCACCAAUCAUUCAUUUGUGAUGCAUGUGGCACCCAGGGGGAUUGUGCUCCCUAUCAAUGCCAUACAUGUAACCUUCUGGUGCAUAAGGAAUGCAUUUCGUUGCCACGCAGAUUCAAAAUUACACGGCAUCAUCAUCUCCUCUAUCAUACAUAUUUUCUUGAAGAACAUGAGUUUAAAAUGUGGGACUGUAAAAUUUGUCAUACCGAGGUGAAUGCAGAACAUGGGAGUUACAAUUGCUCGCCCUGCAAUUGUGUUGUUCAUGUGAAUUGUGCAAAGGAUGUCGUUGACCCGGAUGGCUUGAUUACGACGAGAAGCAACGAUAAGAGGCCCUGUAAGAACUUAGAAUUCUUGUUUGAUGAAUCAAUCUCAUUUAUUGUUAUCAAGGAGGUCGAAUUUGAAGGGCAUAAAAUAGCGAACAUCGAUCAGACAUUUCAGCCAUGUGCAUGAUUAGCAUUAACUGAUGAGAUUGGGGAUGACAAGCGUUGUGACGGCUGUAUGCUAUCCAUUUCAACUUCAUUUUAUGGAUGUUCGCUUUGUGAUUUUUUUGUUCACAAGUCUUGCGCUGAAUUGCCCAGGGAAGAACACCAUUGGCUUCAUGAACAUCCCUUCAAACUCUCCUCAGACACCAUCUUCAAAUGUAAUUGGUGUCAUCAUGAGAGCAGUGGUUUCUCCUACUAUUGUGGUAAAUGUGAUAUGAACUUUUGCCUUCGAUGUGAAAGAAUAUCUGAGGAAUAUACAAUUGCAGCACAUGAACACCCCCCUCGUCUUUUUUCACAAAUAUGACGGGAAGUGCAAUGCUUGUGGUGAUCAUAUAGAUUAUGCAUUCAAAUGCAAGGAUUGUGGUUUUGCUUUGGAUAUUCAAUGUCUUAGUUUGCCAUAUUCAACGCAACAUAAGUGUGAUCGACAUCCCUUCAUACUCACU